ACGUGCGCCAUAUUGGAUCGAAACUUUUGUUUUGAUUUUUUGUUUCACUUCUUUGCUAUGGGAGUUCCAGCCUUUUUUAGAUGGCUGAGUAAAAAGUAUGCAUCAAUCGUCGUUCAUUGUGUUGAGGAGAAGCCCAAAGAUUUGGGAGAUGGGGAGAAGAUGCCUGUGGACUCCAGUCAGCCUAAUCCCAAUGACAUUGAGUUUGACAACCUCUACCUUGACAUGAAUGGCAUCAUCCACCCUUGCUGUCAUCCAGAGGAUAAACCAGCACCCAAAAAUGAGGAUGAAAUGAUGAUUCUUAUUUUUGAAUACAUCGACAGAAUCUUCUCCAUUGUCCGUCCACGUAAACUUCUCUAUAUGGCUAUAGAUGGUGUGGCCCCAAGGGCUAAGAUGAACCAGCAAAGAUCAAGAAGAUUUAGAGCUUCAAAGGAAUCAGCUGAGAAAGCAAGGGAUAUGACCAGAAUUAGGGAGGAGAUCUUGUCAAAGGGGGGUGAGGUUCUACCACAGAAACCUGCCUCAGAACACUUUGACAGCAAUUGUAUCACGCCCGGCACACCAUUUAUGUUCAAGUUGGCUGACUGCCUAAGAUAUUACGUACACGACAGACUCAACAAUGAUCCUGGAUGGAAAGAUAUCAUGGUUGUUUUGUCCGAUGCGAAUGUCCCAGGAGAGGGUGAACACAAGAUUAUGGACUACAUCAGGCGUCAACGUGCUCAGCCUGACCAUGAACCUAAUACCCACCAUUGCCUCUGUGGAGCCGAUGCUGACUUGAUUAUGUUGGGCCUUGCAACACAUGAACCUUGGUUCACUAUCAUCAGAGAAGAGUUCAAGCCCAACCAACCUAAACCAUGUGAAAUGUGCGGGCAGAUGGGACAUGACUUAAAGGAUUGUACAGGAAAAGCAAAGUCUAAAGAAGGAGAGCAUGAUGAAUUGACGAAACAUAUUGGAGAAGAGACCCCAUUCAUAUUCCUGCGUCUAAAUAUUUUACGCGAGCAGUUGGAAAGAGAACUAAAAAUGACAAACCUACCAUUUACACAAGAUAUAGAGAGAGCCAUUGAUGACUGGGUAUUCAUGUGUUUCUUUGUUGGCAAUGAUUUCUUGCCUCAUCUACCCUCAUUAUCUAUACGAGAAGGUGCUGUAGAUAGGCUAAUUAGGUUAUACAAAAGUGCAGUCUAUAAAACAGGGGGCUAUUUAACAGAACAUGGCAAAGUUCAUUUAGACAGAGUACAACUUGUGCUGACUGAACUAGGACAAAUGGAAGAUGAAAUAUUCAAGAAAAGGCGAGAGACAGAUUUGAGCUUCAGGCGGAGAGACAAGUUAAAGAAACAAAGAAUGAAGAAGUUUUCCAAGCGUGAUAGGCCGAGAUAUGAGCUUGGUGGACAGUAUGCUCCUCAGCCAGUAGGUCGAGGUCGGGGUCGUGGCAAUGGUCCAGCGCCAAUCUCCAAUCCCCGUCAGACAGCCUAUGAGGGCAGAAUGGGGCGGAGCUACAACACUCAGGGUGAUUCUUCCAAUGAACAAGCUGCAAAUGCUCUCAGAGCUAUGAUGAAAUCUCCAGAAGAGCAGGGCAAGAAGAGAUCCAUUGAUGAAGUCGAGAAAGAGGAGUCUGAUUCAGAACCAGAAGAUGAAGUCAAAUUAUGGGAAGAUGGCUGGAAGGAACGUUACUACGAGUCUAAGUUUGAUGUCGCUGCUGAUGACGUGGCCUUCAGACAUAAUGUUGCCAAUGCCUAUGUGACUGGUCUCUGUUGGGUGUUUGCAUAUUACUACCAGGGAUGUCCAAGUUGGAAGUGGUAUUUCCCAUACCAUUACGCUCCCUUUGCCUCAGAUUUUGUAAAUAUUGGAGACCUGCCGAAUACAUUUGAAAAGGGAACUGCUCCAUUCAAGCCACUAGAACAGUUAAUGGGAGUUUUCCCAGCUGCUAGCAAGAAACACUUGCCAGAGACUUGGCAGAUUCUAAUGACUGACCCAGAAUCUCCGAUCAUAGACUUCUAUCCAAUAGACUUCAAGAUUGACUUGAACGGCAAGAAGUAUGCCUGGCAGGGGGUUGCAUUGUUGCCCUUUGUUGAAGAGGAAAGGUUACGGAGAGCAUUGGAUACAGUUUACCCUGAUCUCACGUCAGCUGAAGUUGGGCGAAACAUAAGAGGUGCGGAUCGUUUGUUUUUUGGGAGGCAUCACCCCAGCCACUCGUUUGUCGAAGCAGUUUACGAGGGUGAAGAUUUACAUAAAAGCAGCACAACACCUGUUGAGUUGGACCCCAAAAAGACGAAGGGUCACAGGGGUACAGUUUGGUGUGACAAGAUGUUCAUUCCAUUAGGCGCAACAAUUGAAGGACCAGUACCUGGAUGUAGAGAUAUACCUAACAACCAGGUCAUUAUGGUGCAUUAUGCUGACCCACAAUACUCUGAAGACUUUGUCUUCAAGUCUGAUGUUCUGCCAGGUGCAAAAUUCCCAGAAAAGACCCUAAAACCAGAGGACUAUGACCGACUGAACAGGCAAAAUCAGGGUGGGGGCAGGGGAGGCUAUAGACCUCAGCUAGGUUUCCAGAGGAAUAGUGGCUACAGGGACCAAGGUAGCAAGGACCCCACUGUUAUGAAUAGAUUCAUCAGGGGUGCCAUGGGAGGAGGGCAGGCUGGACGUGGGCAGUAUGGGAACGUCCCUGGGAAUUAUGGGGCAUCUGGCGGCAGUUACGGAGGAGGGAGAGGUGGCGGCAGAGGAGGUGGCAGAGGUGCGUGUUUUAAAUGUGGAGACACUGGGCAUCAGGCUCGGGAAUGUCCUAGUAGCGGCUCCGGAGGAAACUACAAUAGGGGAAGUGAUUGGCAAGGUAACCAAAGGGGUCAACGUGAUGCCUAUCAACAGAAUCAACAGAGAGGAUACAACCAAGGAGGAUAUGGGGGUGGGGG